UGUUUCCAAGAAGAAUGGACCAGAUGAGAUUAAAUUGGGGUUUUAAUAAAUGCAGGAGGUGUGAUUGCUGAGGUAUGUGCUCCUCAACAGCUGAUGCAGUGUUCGAUUUCACAUUUACAUGUCAUGUUUUGCAGAUAUUUGCUUUUCUCUGGUGAGUUUCUGAAAAAGAACUGGCACUGACACAUCAUCCCAACAAAAGGAUGCCUUCAGUGACCCGCUGGAGCCCUCUAGAGUUUAGAUCCAGUCUGACUCCAGAUGGAGGCCAGGAAAUGAAAGAGGAAGUCUGGUUGCAUGGAUGUUGGUCUCCAUGGAUACACCACAACAAAUCAGCACCGAGGCAGAGAUUUAGCAGAAGCGACGGAGGCGUAUUUUUAAACUGUUUAGAGUUCAGUUUCCGAGUUCUCUGAGGUUGUUAAUCCUGACUGAGCGGAGGCCAUGUACAGAGUUUCCUCGUCGGUUAAAGUGAAGCAGAUGGAGGCAGAGCUGUCGCAUCAACUCGCAGCUCUCAGGGCGGAAAUCGAGGAGAAUGGGUUUCCACGAGGAGCAGGGACGGCCAACUCUUACAGCUCUGUUCCACCUCCCAAAGAUGUUUCCUUCUUUCGUCUGGAGAGGGAACAUGCACUGAGGAGGGAGCUGCAGGUGGCUGAAGCUUCGCGGGUUCAGUCUGCGGCUGACGUCAUGCAGGAAGAGCUGCAGAGCUGCUGGAGUUUAGAAUACAGUCCUGAAAAUCUGCUGCUUCUGCUGCACCAGUUCUUCAUGGACAGAUCGUAUCACCUGGCUCAGAUCAAAUAUCAACUCAUGCUGAGAUGGAGGAGAUUCUGUCGCCACACCGGCGUCAUCGAGAAGCUUUAUCCUCAUUACAAGGUUACCGAACUUGAGUAUAACAAUGCUUCAAAACAAUUAAAUGAAUGCUCAUGCUCUGAUUUUUACUGGUUUGUGCCACAGACCAGUAAAAAUAUUUUCUGCUUUUAAAUCUGCAUCAGCCGCAUUAAGAUUUAGAAUAAGACAGAUUCAGCAGAGAAGCCUCACAGAAUGUAUUUAAAAGCAGAAAGAAAUGUAAUGCUUCAUUGAUAUUUAUAUUACAUUGAUUUAUUAUAUUUGAUUUAUGUCAGACAUGCUGACAUAUCAUAAAGGCAAAAGAGAAAAUAACCUAAAAUAACGUCAAAAAACAAUUAGGAUGAAGUAUAACUAAUUAGCUACUACUUGCUACAUGUCUGUACAUCUCAUAUCUUGCUAUUUCCUGUUUGCAUUAAACAUUAUACGUCUGUAUUUAAAUCAAAAUUAAAGUUCAGAAAUGCAACUAUAUUGCAAAUAUUAAAAUAAAAUCCACAUUCAAGGGCUUUUAGUGCAAUUAAAGUGAAAAAAGGAGCCAAGAGAGGUUCAUUUCUGACAUUUUAUUGGAUAACUACACAAAAAUACAAGAUAUUAGCUUUUAUAUGUUAUGUUAGAUAUUAUAAUGUGCCACAGCUCAUUUUACUGCUUUUUAAUCUGCCGUAUUGAGAGUUAAAAUACAACAGAGGAAGCGCACAAGUGUGAAAGAAUAUUGGGGAUGUUUUAGUGAUAAUUAAAUCAAAGAAGUUCAGCAACUGAGGUGUACUAUAAAUACUAAAAGAAAAUCUUAAUUAAAAUGAUUUUUGCGUGUACUUAAAGUGAAAAACAGAGGAAAGAGAAGUUCAUUUGUGACAUUUUAUUGGAUACCUACACUAAAAUAGAAGAUAUUAGCUUUUAUAUGUUAUGUUAAAUGUUAGAUAUUAUAAUGUGCCACAGCUCAUUUUCCUGCUUUUUAAUCUGUUUUUAAUCAAGAUUUAAAAUAAAAGAGAAGCAGCCAAUAAAUCUGAAAGUAUAUUGGGGAUUUUGUUUGAUAAUUAAAUCAAAAUAGAGUCAGUUUGAAACAGAAAAGUAUAUUAAAACUGUUAAAGGACAAUUUAGUUUAGUGUAAUUAAAGUGAGCAAAAACAGGUUCUUUUGUGACAUUUUGUUGCAGAACUUCACAAAAACUGCAAGAUUUUAACCUUUUCUAUGUGUUGUUGAAGCUCAGAACAACAGCAAAAUCACAACUACAUAGGCAUUUUUCUUUUGCUAAUGUAUUAAUACAUCAAAAUAUAUUGCAGGAGGAUGUUCUCUUUCUCUUUCAUUGCCUGCAAAUGAUGAGUGAAAUAUAAAUUACAGUAAAAUAGAGGAAUGCUGGUGCUGAAGUGAUGCUGAAAACUGAAAGCACCCAGUGAAUCUUAUGGAAAUCUGUCUGUUAGAUUUUGAUUUUUCUUGUGUACCUGCAGAAAUAUUUGUCCGAUUAUAGUGCUGGAAAAAUAUUUGGGGAAGUCAGUAAAGUCAGGAAUAGUCAUUGACAGAAUAUUGACAAGAACAAAAAGAAAAAACACAAAGUCUACACACUGCUGCUGCUACCAAAGUAUUUUAUCAAUUAUUGCUCUGCAACAUUUAGAUGAAAAAAAAAAUUCUCAAAACAUUUUUUCAGGUACAAGUUAUAUUUUCAGAUUUUGGAUAUUUUGAAGAGCCUGAUUAAAAAAUAAAAGCAUAGAUGAUGAGGUCAGAAAACAGGCAGUUAAAUACAAAAACAGCCAACUGUGACAGCAUCAUCUUUUUAAAAUUUGUUUAUUCAUUUUUUAUUUCACCUCUAACCUGGAAAUUAAUUGAAAUAAAUUUAACUUAAUUUAAUUUAAUUUAAUUUAAUUUAAUUUAAUUUAAUUUAAUUUAAUUUAAUUUAAUUUAAUUUAAUUUUAUUUUAUUUUAUUUUAUUUUAUUUUAUUUUGGUGACGCUGUGAGAUCCUGGCCUUUUCUUGCUAUGGAGAUCUUUUGGUUCAGCUCUUGCAAAAAGUGAACUUUUUUUUUGUUCCGAAAUAAUCUCACUGAAAGAAAUUCGAACAUUUAAAGUUUCAAAACAACCGAGCAUCUACAUCUGCUGAUAAAGAUGACAUGAUGUGACUUUGUGGUGAGAUUAUUUUUGCUUCAUUUUCCUGAUUCUAAGGUCAUGAAAAAACUCCAAAUUGGUCCUAAUGAGCUAAAUCUAGUAUGCAGCUGUCAACAUUUCUUGUUUCGGUGUGCUUUCUUCUCGAAACUCUUUUUAUUUGGGUCAUAUGGGUUGAUCACAAUCUCUUAGCUAUUUUUCAACCAAGAUUUCUAAUAUAAAAUAUAGAUGUAUACACUGUUCCCUCUAAGCUGGGCGCGUGCGCAAUUGCGCACUGCCGACACGGUCUGUGCACAGAAAAUCUGUGCUGCACACACACACACAAAAAAAAUCCAACCUAAAUUGUAAAUAAAAUAAACAAGUAACAAUUCAUUCUGUGCUAUUUUUCAAUGUGAGUCAGUGAGUGACCGGUGACUGGCUGCUGCAGCCAAUGAUGCGAUUCACAUACGUAUUUACCAUAGACUGUAUAUAAUGGUAUUUACGCAGCUAAUCAACCUCAGGCGUCCUUAUGUGUAGCCACCAUUGUUCUCAUAGAUAUGAAUGAGUAGAUAGGACACGCCCCUUUGAGCUGCGUGCUACAACGAGGCUAAGCUAGUGGGGGCAAAGUUUCAGUGCAUUCCGUUGAUGUAGACGGCGUGAAAACGGAAACAAGAAGUAUGCCGGCUCACUGUGCUGCAUACAAUUACACACUACGUCAUACGAUGGAGACAAGGAAGCUUGGAAUGACUUUUCAUAGGUAAGAAUAGUUUUUGGCUCUUUUUUCAUUAUGAAAUCUUGUUGAGAGCUUCCAGACUAUGAGAGCUAACUAGUUAGCCACUAGCAAAACACUAAGGCGAGCUAGCAGCUUGACAACCAAAUACCAGACGAUUAAUAGUAGCUGUAGUAUAGUUGUAGAAGCAGUAGUAGUAAUACUAAAAGUACAAGCAGCAGUAGUAGUAUAAACAGCUGUUAGAGUCGUAGAAGUAGUAUCAGCAUUUGUAAUAGUAUUACAAUUUGUAGUAGCAGUGCCAGUAUCAGCAGCAGUAGUUAAUAGUCACAUUGCUAUUACUACCACCAAUGCUACCAAUAGUAGUUAUAAAGCCUAACUCAUGUAUAUUCAGAUUACCAUCUAUGUUCUUCCUCCAAACCCAUUUUAUGAUUGGGAUUACAGGCAGUUCUUUAGGACUGCUCUCAAAUAAUUGAAAUGUUAGUAAACAAGGUUAUACUUAUCAAAUUAAAUAGCUCUGGUCUCCAGUAUAUUGGCGAAUUCGGUUCUUUGUACUUAAUUUAUUAGCAUGAUUUCUUUUUUAAUAUGUUGUGUACAGACUUACUUACUUCUCUGUCUACUUUUCUUACUCCAUGUAGGUUUCCCAGAGACUAUGGGUUGAGGAGGAAGUGGAAGUUUGUCGGCUUAGACCUGGUGUCAUUCCAUCAGUGUUUAACUUCCCGGCUCAUCUUUGAAGAGUACGUGCCAGAAAGACCACGACCAAGCAGCCUUGAGAUCUUAGACAGCGUCUCCCUCAGGUGAAACCCAGACGAGAUCCAUGGCAGCAGAAGCUCCUCACACAGCUGAAGGAAAAGAAAUCAGCCGAUGAGCUGCUGAAGAUGCACAGCAGGUUUCUACAGGUAACAGACUCGGCUCUGAAUCAGACCUAAUCUUGCA